AUGUCGCUUAGCCUAUUCAAAGUGAAACAAACAUACUUUGACAAAUUAUUCAAAUCGAAUGCACCUGACGUAAACUCGUCAUCGUUGACCUCCUCAACAAACGCCAACAAAAAGAUCCCCAAAGUAUUACUACUCGACAACAUAACCACAUCAAUAAUAUCGUUGUCAUAUACUCAAUCCCAACUUUUAUCUAAUGAUGUCAUCUUGAUUGAAUUAAUUGAAAAUCACAAGCAGCUCUCCACAAUGAAACAUUUGGACUGUAUUGUUUAUAUCAACCCAAACACAACAUCAAUUAAGCACUUAUUGGAGGAAUUAAAACUGCCUCAUUUCCGCAACUAUCAAGUGUUUUUCAAUAACGUUGCUGGUAAAAACGAUAUUGAGCAGUUGGCAGUGGCUGAUGAAUAUGAAGCUGUUGAUCGAGUAAUGGAGAUUUUCCAAGACUAUUACAUUUUGAAUGAUGAAUUAUAUUUGAAUAACUCAUUGUCAAUGGCACAUAGUGUUAAUCCGGUAUUGGAGCAAGCCAAGAGCGUAACUAGUUUGCUCUUGGCUUUGAAAAAGAGUCCCGUUAUCAAAUUUGAAUCAAAUUCAAUCGAUUUGAAGAAACUCAGUUCAGAGUUGUUAUACAUUAUCAACUCUAAUUCAAAUAACAACUUGUUUGAUGAUUUGAAUCAACGUUCAGAUACACCACCAGUGUUGUUAUUACUUGAUCGUAAAAAUGACCCAAUAACGCCACUUUUAACUCCAUGGACAUAUCAAUCGAUGAUUCAUGAAUUUUUAGCUAUUGAUAAGAAUGUGGUUACGUUACCUGAUAAUCAAGUGAUACUUUCUCAACAAGAUGAUUCAUUUUACAAUGAGUCGAUGUAUUUAAACUAUGGAGAUUUAACCAACAAAUUUCAAAAAUACGUUGAACAGUACAAGACUGAGACAAAGCAAUCGUCAAUUGAUAAUUUAAAACUGCAGAAUUUGGCAGAAUUGAAAAAGACCUUGACCAAGUUCCCCGAAUAUAAAAAGAUUUCUGUCAAUAUCUUGACCCAUUUGAAUUUGAUUAGUGGUAUUGACGAACAAAUUUCGAAACAGCAAUUGUGGGAUAUUGGUGAGUUGCAACAAACCAUCAUUUGUGAUUUAGAUAAUCAACUGGACAUCAAGAACAAAUUGACUCAAGUGUUGGAGAACAAAGCAAUAUCCACCGUGAAUAAAAUCAAAUUGGUGUUGCUCUAUAGUUACAAGUUUCACAAUCCAACUGAUUUAUCAUUGUUUAUUAGUAAAUUGGAAAAUGAAAUUUUUACAUCACCUUUACCUACUCCAACCCAAUUGGAAUUGAUGAAAAAAUUCACCACCUUGUUUAAAUCACAUGAUGUGUCGUUUGGAUCAAAUCAAGAUUCUCACGACCAACAUCAUAAUCGACAAGGAUUAUCAAAUCUAUUCACCAAUAAAAAGGUGAACAUCAACAAUUUGUUUAAUCGAAACAAUUCCAAUCACUCAGGUAGUGAGAAUGUUUAUCUACUGUAUACACCACGAUUGAAUCAAAUCCUCUCGAGUUUGAUCAAACCUGAGACUGCACCACUGCAAGGAUUGAACUUGCACUCCAACUUAUCUACGUUGUACCCAGAGGUUGUCAAACAACAAUACGGUAGCGACACGUCCACCGAUACAGUUCAAGAUUUGAUUAUAUAUUUCCAAGGCGGAGUAACUUAUGAAGAGUUGCGAUUGGUUCACGAAUUCAACGAAAGGGGGAAUAAGAAGUAUAAUAUCAUUAUUGGUAGUGAUGAGAUGCUUAACAGCAGUCAAUGGUUGACAAAAAUGUAUCAAAUGAUAUCAAAACUGCACAAGAAUGAUGAAGCACUCGAUGGUGACAAUUUUGGAAUGUCAAGUCAAGACAGACAAGCACAAUUACGAGAGAUUUUGUAA